AGCGUAGGAGCGCGCUUGAUCCAGCACAGGAUUACCUUUUAUCAGAAAAAGAGGAUUUUUCUCUUGGCGAAAACGAAAAUGAUAAAAAAGGUAAAGCCAAUGCCGCUUAUGCUGGAGAAUAAAAGAGACACGCUGUCCAUUGGAGGCAAUUGUCUCCGCAACAAGGUUAAGGUAGACAGAAAAAGGGUACUCUCGAACGCCUUCAUCCGGAGAAUUCCAUUCGAACAGACACAGGGAAAUUUAUGUUGUUUUCGUCUCAUGAUAGUCAUUCAGAAUUCAUAUAUAGAGUUAUUUGCGAUCAUCGUCCCAGUUUGUUUAUUGUUUUUCGCCUCGUAGUGAUCAUCCCUGUAGGAUAUCAAUCUGUUGUCUUGCUCUUAUCUUAAUCGCACCAGAACAAGCAGAAUUUCGAUACCUUGUCUAUAUAAAAAAAUGUAAAGCUCCUGCUUCGCCCAAGACGUGGUAGGUGGUGGCCAGCCACUGCCACAAGCACCAGCACUGAACAAAGACACAAAGUUAGCGAAAUCAGCUCCACAAGCACUAUCCUUUGUCAGCGAUAAAAUCGCAACAAGAAGAACAAGCGCUACCCUAAAAGGUCAAAUAAGAGAUCUAUGUCAACCACCUUCCAGCGAGCAUGCCGUGCGCCGGGCGCUUCUGCAGUAUUGUCGCGCCCCCCCGUCACGCAGGGGGGGGGGGCGGAGACGCACAGGACGAGGCGCUGCAAUGCUCGCGCUUUUUUGUGUCUCUCGUUUUUUUGGCACUUUGUUAACCAAGAACCACGACGACCACGCUGCAGAUUUCGCUUACGCUGGCGCAGCGACCGCGAUGAGCGAUUUGCCGUAUUAUUGUUAUGCUUCUAUUUCCACGCCAAUAGAGUUGCACUUGCACAGCCAGGGUCGCCCGCCCCUAUUGCAGCGAGUUCCGAUACUGCUGCAGUCAGGAAUCUUUGGAAACGCUUAUGAAGGAAAUAGUCCGACGGUCCGCCGGGCUGCAGCGACAUCAAAUGUACAGCAUUUCCACCAGAGCGCAUCGCACAAAGUCGAAGGCGGGUCGUCAGGCUACGAGUCCAGCGGAGAGGCCGCCAAGACGUCGACAAGCAGCGCCAAGAAGACGCUUUUGGAAAGCAACGCCGAGCUGAACAAUGCGGACUGCCUUGAGGCAUUAUACUCGCAGCAGCUCUACUGUCUCGCAAGUGCGCCAUUUGGUGUUAAGACGCUUCCACGUCGUUGUCAAGGAAGGCGCGGGCGGUUGCUUUCUCUUUCCGAAGCAGGCACGAGUUCUACAGCAGAUAGUCAGCCCCCUCCUGCUGGGGGGCUGCGGAGGGUUGAAGCCUGCUCAUACCUCGGAAGUUUGGGCAUACCAAGCUCGCAGGAACCUAGCGAGCAGCGUGCCCCGUGCAUCUUUUUCAGCGAGGCAGCAGAGCCGGCGCCAUCGCCGUUAGACAGCGGGAGCGGCUCUCGUACUGGUGCUGGAUGCGUGAACUCUAUCCCGCCGAUGAGGACAUACCAGGGGCAGGGAGCUGCAGGAGACGGAGACUCCGACAGCGAGCCAGGCUUUUUAGCUCGAGCGUUAGGGCUGCGCUCCGGCUUCAGCAGGGCGACGAGUUGCGGCAGCGACUCGGGCGCAGCAGAACCGCCAUCGAACUCCUGUCACACUACCGCGUGUUCCGGGGUUUAGUACUCGGUUGCUUGGGUAAAAAAGGUGUGAGUGUCGAAUCAUGCCAGUGAAAAUGAAAGUAACUGUAUCGAGCACACACGAAGCCUCCCGAUUACAGUAAGUUGCACAGCCUAGUAGCAAGGAAACGUGGACCACACGACCGCCAGCGUGGGUCACUCGCGAGUACGAACCGGGUAGAAGAAAGAAAGAAUACAAAAAGUAUAAUGAUUUACAGUAAUUAUCCCUACGGAGAAGUGCCGGCUAUGGAGUGCUUUUUGUGUUUUGUUCUUUUCGAAGAGUCGGCACUAGCACAAGAGCUCCAAAUUCGAUUUCGAACUCAAAUAUAAUGACGCGCCAUAGUCAAAAUAUCAUGACUGUGCCUGUAGUUGUGCCAAACUCAAACUACACAAUGUAUGAGACGCACCACCUUCUGGGCCUCUACUGCCUUCUUCAAAAUUUUUCCAAUUUUGCCUGCCUUAUGUAGGAGAACCAUGUAUUUGGAUGUUGAAUGUGACCGUGCGACGAGAAGUGCUGCCUGCACAUGGGCCGGUCUUUUUGAUAUUCUACCUGACUUCUUCUCCUGACUAUGUAUGCACCACUACGACCACCACAAAAAUGGGAGGCAAGAUUUGGACUCCUACUUACCUACCAACAACUAUGAGCUUGUCAAAAUACCCUUUGCCGUGCAACAUUGAUUCUGACCCCUUUCAGGGGCGUCGUGUUGACCAUAGGCAGUAUGAGUUUACGAUGGUACUGGAGAUCUCUCAACAAAAUUUUACCGCCUAAAUAUUGGUUUUCUAAAAGUGCUUCGCUUUGUUUUGUUUACGUGUGCAGUGCAACUUUUCUACAUCGCUACGAGCGAGGAUUCGCAAGAAACGCACUGACUUGCGAAUGCUUUCCGAAACACUACUCGGCUCGACUUGACUGGACUGGCGUUGCAUCCUCAGGCGAGCUACGACAUCGAAAAGGAAGAUUUAGAUAUUAUCGUUUAGAGCUACUAGAGGAGUACUACUCAAGAUAAAAAUAUGUCCCUACUGUAGAAGGGAAGAAACGAUGAACGAGAAAAGCAACAAAGAGUGCUCUGAUGUAAAUGCUUAGAAUCGCGCUUGGUGUCCUUUCUACACGGAAAAAAACAGACUUCUCUUGGAGAAACAAACCGCAAAGGAUAAAGAAGGUAAAGUCAUGAAGAUUUCAAAGCAAGACUGAGUUAGCUGAUGGAAGACGGAAGAAACACGCCUAACCGUUC